AUGGGUAUUACUACGUUGAAAUCACUUGCCUUGUCCGCCGUGAAAACUGCUAUUGGGUCACAAUGUUCAUCUCAAUUCCCUGAUGUCAUAUUUUCGUGUCUCUCAGACCGGCGUUCAAAGCAUUCUAUCGCUUUAGUGUUGAAAGUCUUGGCGGAUCAUAUUGAGAAGUAAUUCUGUUUAAUGUCUCAUACUCUUUCCGUAGUGCGGACUGGGAACAACCGACAGAGUCCGAUUUCACUCUUAUUACCACUGUCACCAGACUUGCCUCAGUUGAUUGGGUCUUGGAAGACGCAGCCACGCUUUUCUCCGUAUGUAAAUGGGCCUGUCAGGUGUUCUGUUUCACCUGCCAUCUACCAAGUCGACCUGUUCGAGUUGAUUGCCUGAUUAAGAUUCUGUGUGAUUUGGCCGCCGGAACAGAUGCAAAGUUCAAGGCUGCGGCCUCCUCAAUGGCUGUGAGGCUGUCAUCUGACAGGUGUCUGCAUUUUUGCUUCGUUGCUACAUUCAUGCGCAUAUAGUAGUACAGUCGUCAGUGGGACUUAGGAAAUUUUUUGAUGCUCCAGACCUAAGACGAUUUAUAUAUUACCUAUCCACUGUCGUAUAAUUUUUCGGUCUGGUCCAUCCCUGCCAGCACUAGCCCUGCCGGCAGAAGGUUCGGAACUCAGAAUAGGCAUUUCUCGUUCGGGGGAUUGAUUGCCAACUGCUGUCGAUGUUGACGGAACCUCAGACUCAGGCUCUUCAGUGGCCUCAUAAUAUGCCUUCAUCUGGCGCUUAAUGCCCUUGUAUACGGUGAUUCGGUGAUAGCCACAGUAAUUACGCUUCAUAAUUGCUUGGGAUAUUCAGUAAAAAACGAUAAACAAUUUGUAUAAGUGGACUGUGAACACCAAUCCUAAAUAGUACAUACAUAGACAUACAAGUCGACUACUUGAACUGGUUGGUGAGUAAAUACCAAAACAAUUUGCAGAACAUACAUAAAUUAACUAAGACAGUUAUCAAGAGCACAAAAACAGCAUUGUCCGACGCACGAUAUUAUCCGCGACCCGUGGACGUAAACGAAUUCUUUUUCCAUGAUUUAUAAGCCACUUAUGAUAAAUUAGCUCCUUUUAAGGCCAAAGAAGGUACAAUGAGUGGCGCUCUUGAAACAUAACUUUCGAUGCAAAUUAGCUUCAAAAUGCGUCAAUCCAGAGGGUCCUCUGGCCCCACCCAGCCCCGCCUAUGAAGGGGCCAUGUGCUGGCAGGGAUGUCAGCGCGUAAACUUCCAUGCCUCUGAUUGCCUGUUAGAUAGCAUCUCCGAAACUUUUGGCCAUUUCUCUUGACCCAACCUUUGUACGUACACAACUUUAGAUGUUUUCGUCUGGGACUCAUCAACUACAACCACGGUUUUGGUCUUUCAGCACUUAUAGUUCCGUUGCUAAGACUGCCCGAAGACGCUAAUCUCACCACCAAAAAGGAAACUCUUGCUCACAGCAUCUGUCGUUUGCGGGAUGCGCUUGACUUACUUGAGCAGAUAGCUAACUCAUCGGACGAUUCAAGGAAUCUAGUUGAUCGGAUCGCCUGCCCCUAUGUCGGGAAGUGGCUGCAGUUCCUACACGGCCUAACUACCCGAAAACCUAGCUACGGCGCCGAGAGUAAGCACCUCUUACACCUUAGUUACUCGCAAAUUUGAUAACCUCUUUCUCUCGUUUUUUUGAAUUUUCGGCAUUUGUUAUUUCAGUUUUUUCACUUUUUGGACCGCAAAUCGUAUUCGUGGAAAAUGUUUGCUUUGCGUGACGUAGUCUUGUAGCGUAAGUAUAUAGUACUGCGAUUUGUCUCCUAGCAUGGUGUUCCCGUCUAGUUUUCGAAUGUUUCUCUCGGUUCAGUAACGACAGCAUUCUUCGUCUCUACAUACUAGGUUUGGCUCAGGGGGGCUUUUUUAUAUUUGGCUCUCGAAGUGUAGAAAAUGCUCAGAGGAGGUUGACGCCCAACCAUGUAGUAUUUAGUGUAGACGGACUUUGAUUAUUCACAUCAUCCAGGGUCGUUAACGUCACUAUGCAAGAACCGACUUAUUGGCCCAUUUGUUUCAGUUUUCAGUUUCAUUUAUGAUUGGCUAACAGUCUUAUUCGAAUAUUUUUCGACGGCGACAAAACGGUAGGUUUUGUGUUUUAGAAGCUCUCACUGAGCAUAAAAGCAGAAAAUAAACAAGACUUUAUCAUAGAAGACAGAGCUAAUAGACAGACAAACUUAACUACCACAUUUACUCUCCGCAAACGGCGAUUACGUCUCCAACUCCUCCUUACAGACCCGGUGAGCGUGCCAGCCAGUCCGUCAAAUGUAGUGGGUAGUCAGGAAACAUCGGAAGUUUUUCACAAACGGAUGCUGGCAGUUUUUAAUCCGUGCGUCUAAACAAGUUCAGAUACUUUGCUGAGGACUUGGAACUAGGAGUCGCAUGAGUACCAGAGUGCGCCCGAUGGGGUAGGUAGUCGUCAGGAAGGAACUCCACAUGCUUGUCGAUCCCCAUACACUGCUACUCCGCUGUUUUCUUGUCUCAUCGGGUAAAUAGCUUGGAUAAUGUCUCGUCCCCUGGGAAGCCACAGCUUAGUGAAUAGGGUCUCAAAAAUGAGAUCUUUCCAGACCAUAAGCCGCAUCGUAGACCCAUGAUUCACACCGUCACGUAUGCCCACCUCUUGCUUUGUUGCACUUUGAACCACUCAUAAGACUCUUCUACGUCGAAUAAACGACCGUGGUCUACAUUAGCAUAUCCAAUUUGUCGACCUUUUCCAUCGUAUCCAGUGCGGUAUUUCGCAACACUUUACGUCGUUUUGGUAGGAAAGCACACUAUUAACCGGUACUCUUUUAUGACCUAGCUACCUCUAAGCGCACGAAGUCGGAAGACAGUUACGGACCUACAAAGUCUCCAGGAAGCCCUUUACAGCAUCUUCCUCUCACGGGCACAUUAAACAGGGUCGUCCAUUUCCUUAAGAGACUCGUCUGCAGUGGAAGCAUCAAAUGUCUUUGCAGUGAUCUGAAAAAUUUGAGUGUCCUUGUUCGGAUUGCACUGAGCUGGCUACUUCCCAGCAACACUGAUGCGGUGAAAACCACCUUUUCAGAACGCAAACGACCAAACGACAAGGGAAGUCUCUGCCCUCCGGAUGGCAAGGGCGCAACAGAUCUGCUGCUUGCCGCUGCCAGCAAUGUCGAUGUAUGUCGUGCACUGCUUAAUCCCCAGGGAGGCCAUUUAAAGCAACUUCUGCUUUUGGGGUGCUUCGCCUGCACAAGCGCACAUGUAUUCGACAAACAGCGUUUGGCUGCGAUGGAGUUGCUAAGAACGCUGGCUUGUACGUCUUCCGACUGGAAUUUCGCCAUGCUGGGCCCCGAUAACCCUGAGACGGUUUCGGGUGAUCCGUUACAUGUCACCCAUUGGGAGCAGAUUUUGGUCCAACGAGCCUUUUCUCUCGCGUAAGCGCACCUGUAAUUUUCUAAUUUGGCUGACUUAUCUUAACCCAUAGCGAUAACAAAAACUGGUUUCAAUUUCCCCCAAGCGGCGGGCUGUUGAGCGCUGUCAUGCUGAUUUCUUGGCCGGAUAGAAUUUCAUCUCAUUAAUUGCUGCUCUGUUUCUCGCUUUUGUUCCGAUAGCCAAUUGUGGGAUGACUGAUGCCCCAUCCUAGGGUACUCCUCCAUUCUGAUUCUUCAAUAAUAUUUUGUUCCUACUUUCGCACUCGUAUGGUAGUGACUGAUCACAACAAUUUAUUCUUCUUGCAAUUUGACAGUGGACCAAUUUCUAUGUCCAUGCAAAUGCUUCAAACGCUUCCAAAUAAUGCAGCCACUGGUUUUGCACAUUUGAAGUUCUCGUGUCCAAGAUCAAAAAUCUGAAACUCAAAAAUUGGGCAUUCGGGCUAAUUAUGUUUUUCCAGUAGUUUGGGAAUGCAUUGCUGAAUGUCCUAGUUAUGAAGGGACUGUUGGAUUGUUGCGCUACCUUUACAUAAGACCAAAAAACGAAACUUUGCGUUCAAUCUUCUAGCAACUUGCAGACACAUCCAACUAGUAAUCUCCAAAACUGAAGUCUUGAAGCUAAAAACUGCGAUUUUACAGCAGUUACGGCAGAACAAAAUCUUUACUAUGCCACCAGAGACAUGUUCAUUAGUGACCUUUCGCCAGAAUAGAUUCAUCAAAAAUCAAUGGCUUUCGCAAGUUCCCUGGAAGUGACAGAAUGAGUCUCCAUCUUAUCAGAACCCUCCGAGGACCUUAUUAUCUUCUCCUAAUCAGGUGUGUGAACACCCUCUUAAAGCACCUGCUCUAACAACUUCAUGUUCCGCCCCAUAAUAAGCGUUUCUUUUGUGGAAAUGGCAAGCAUGCUCGUUUGAGGUUUCCAGCACCCGACGUGUUAUGCGAUGAAUGCCGUAAUGAAGUAUUUUCGAAGGGUUUACCUGACAUCACGAAGCUGAAGGGUCCUCUAAUCCUCUAUACAUCCGCUACUUUCCGCCGUAGCAUCGGCUGUCAUUCCCGAUUGCUUUUCGGGUGCAGUGGUUGAACCGCAGAUCGAUGGGGCGAAUUUACAGGCCUUGAUAGACAUAGGAAGUUACAUUUAAUAUUUCAUAGUAGCCCUGAAUUUUAUAAUAAGAUAUUUAUGACUACCACUGCCCUAACUGGCUACACGCGAGGACGUUUCCUCGUCUCGGUCAAAUAUAAAGAUGCCGUUUACGAGGUCAGUCUGCUGGUCUUGCCAGAUUUGUGCGCCAUUUUUUCUCGGCCAUGAUUUCUUUCGGUUCCACAACCGUGCACAAUUUAUUUCGGUGGACCUUAACCCGCGUUCUCACUUCCGCUUCCGUCAGGCCACCUUGAUUAUUUCCUAAUUUAACACAUGACCGCAAGCCUGCCGUGACAAAACCUAAUAUAGAUGGGAGACUUGCACGAAAGGAUAUUCGUCUUCUUUCGGAGUCAUCGAGUUUCCCUUGGUGAGCUCACCUCCUGGUUUUAGCCAGUGAGAACCACGGGGAACGAGUGAUUACUGAUUACAACCCAACGGUCAGCAGGUCAUCGUUUCUAAGUGAAUCGAGACUCUUGGUUAAGACGUGUUCAAGGUAACGUUUGACCCUAUCAUCAUCGUCCUAAACCCUUGCGUGAAAUUGCUCCCCCACAUGACCUCAAAUCACAGCAACAAUUCGUAGGAUUGUCCGCCUUACAUUCACGAUGUAGCUCCCAUUUCUCAGGCAAGAUUCAUCCGCUCUUUCACAAUAAGAUCUUACCUCUACUGUCGGACAUAAAGAAAGCUUUUACAACGUAAGUAGGUGCCUGCGAAAGCCACACUCGUCAUCAUUUCGGUAUAAAAGUCCGCUAGAUGUCGAAAUCGAUGCUUUAAAUAUCGCAACUGCCGCCACAUUGAACAAGAAUGGUCGGCCGUUAGCGUUCAUUUCGCAGUCAAUCUCCAGCUGAACGACAUUAUUUUGCUGUCUAAGAAGAAACAUACGCCGUAGCGGGAUCCAUGCGCAAUUGAAGCCAUUUUCUCAUCUGUAAGCACGUUAAACUCGGCGUUUUUUAUCCAUAGGAACCAACGUAAGUCGAAGCGAAGAAUGACUAGAUCGAACGUUCGAUAUCGGAGCUGUUCCCAUUCAAAUAAGUCAUUGUUUGACAGUUCGACUGUCGAUUCCACCAUGUGCUCCACAGCAAGGUGGAGCGAGGACAGUGACUUGUGCGCAAUUUAGUUUAUAGUGAAUGUUGACUUGCACAGCGUCUACCGCGCUCUCUACUCCUUCCCCACCUGGACCCGGUGUCAAGGCAGUCAAGAAAACUGAAGGCGAGGGCGGCGCAGGUUUCUGGCACGGCUGGACCCGCAUCUAGGCUCGCCACCACAUCCUCUGAUCCACAAAAUGCACUCGACCAGGAAUUUUCACCAACAACAACACCCCAACAGGGACCUGAAGGACGAGGAUGAUUAGGCGGCCAUGCUCACGACCUGUACGCCCAGCGAGAGCGCCAGCACACCUACCGGCAGGGUGUCGGGGAACUGCCAACGCAUACCAGGCUGCGAGGGCCGCGGUUUGUUGACACUGGCAUAGCACACGCUUUCAGACCUUUUGACCAGUGAAUAUAACCCAGUGGCGGAUUUGCCGUCUAGUAGUUACUGCAGCGCCUUCCCAUCCAGCUGAUCUGAAGGGACUACAUAUGUCGCUCUGUCAUCUUGGUGUCCCUAGGUUAGCACACUUGUUCGCGCUGGGAAUCAUCCCUUUUCGGUGGGAGAGAUUCGUAAUGUCGCCAUUUGACGUCAAAACCCCCUUGUUCCAACCUGAUAAUAGUAGGCUUUGUAUAAGACUGUUUUGCUUGUUCCAAAAUCCCGCAUUUUGCCUAUCACGCACUAGCAGUCGUACGCUAUGACUUGCACUCAGUCAGAUCGUUUUCAUGUGCCGUUACUAAUGCGAUACCAAAAGUUGACUGCUGAAGCCUGUUGCCUGAGCUCUGGCGAGGACAGCGUUCGGCGGUCUACGCAUGAUCCGCCCGUUGUAGAGGUCGAUCUACUCCAUUGCAACCAUAAAUAUGUCCAAAUAUAGUUCGUUAAUGACAGAAGCCGUAGCCGUUAAGCUGCUUGUCGUCAGGUGGAGCUCUACCUGCGAUGGAAACCGUUCUAAGCAUUCAGAAUGUCAACAUUGCUGAUGCGUUCUCAUAAAUGUCUUGUGCCUUAGAAGUCCUAUCCCAUAACUUUGUUCGUCACGCAGCCUAGAAUAAUCAAGCCAUAGGCUGUCACAGCACUCAUUUACUUUGAUGAUGACGCUGAAGGCAAAUUGUUGCCAACUUUUCUGUGUUGUUUAUAGUGAUGGGUCACAAGGGCUCUAAUCACUUUUCAGAUUCCUCGACUUGCCAAUCGAAGUCGCAUCAGUCAUCAGAAGACGCCUCUUCCGACCCUGCGACCACGACCACUUUGCCUCGAUGGCUUACGCUUGCUGCCCAAAUUCCAGUUGCAUUAGUCAUCUUACUUUGCUUGCACAACGCUUCGCUGCAAGUCUCUCUACACCGCAGGCUAAUUGGAGUGGCCCGGUCUGGUUGUCCUUUACGGGCUUACUCUCAAAACUCAUCUGUCCUAAUGUAACUUUGGCCUGGAAUCCCUCAAACCUCUUCAGUUCCCAACAGUCCUGUGAUCAGGCGCUGCUGGAUGCCCUAUUUAGUUGUGUCCUGUCGACGGAAUCCAUUCCCGACGGUAUUCAGACCACCAAACUAUGGUAAGAUUUCAGUUUCACCUAAUGGUGUUACGCUUCCCUUCAUCUUUUCUUCCUGCCGCAGUCUUUAUUAUGUUUUUAGUGCCCGGACACAAUUGCUUAUCAAGCACGUGUUCAAAGCUGUAAAUGAACAGCAUUCCGACAAGUGCGCAUACAAGUCAUGGCUGGAGGGCCGAUCUCAAAACGAUGAGGUCCAUCCCAUCUCAUAUAUCUCCCUCCGAUCAUCAGCAGCGCAGAGGCAAGAAUGCGAUGCCUACAUACAGUCCUCUGGUCUUCUACCGAUGGUUGACUGUGAACAGGACCAUGACUUUGUUCAGUUACCCGUCGAAGCCUCGCUUCUGUGCGACCUCUCGCCCUUUUUUGGGGCUCUCUUCUCACAACGUUGGAGCCCGAAUGCCACGAAAGUCGGCGGAGUCGUGUCGCUGUCUGGCAAAUCAGAAAAACCGGAUUGUGUACUCUGGCCGUUGUUCGCCUUCCUGGUGAUACUGCACCUCGCGUCUGGUUGUGAGUGGAAGUCUUGUGGUCUCCUGCGGGCUUUCAUCUCACCUGUCACCAAGAUGUCCGACCAUCAACGGUAGGUCGCUUUCUCUACGUAUACUCCAAAAAUUAACUUUUUCUGCUCUAACACUGUUUGUGCGCUAUCUUCCUACUUUUAGGACUACGUCCUCUGACCACGCGGCAGAAUUGCUUGGCCUGGCAGAUCGCCUGUUGCUUUUGCUGGACGCCAAUCCGGACGGUCGGUCUGGCAGCGCCGCACCGGCGGAAAGCACUUUCUUGUUCCGGCUGCAAUGCUGUCUCCUGUGCUCACUAGUCUGGACGGUCUCCGCGUCCGCGAGCCAAAAGAAGCCAGACUCCUCCGUUAUUCGGAACCUUUUCACUACAUGUCUGCGUCUUUCAGCCCACUUUUCUGACAUCAGUCUUUUUACAGCCUUCGUGUGGUUGGCGUUUUCUGACUCACGUUGGAUGCCCCCGGAAGCUUCAAUCAACGCUGAAAAGAACCUACUUAAGCGACCUCUAGCCUAUUGCCUCUACGCCCUUCUCCAAUUUCGUCCUUUCUGGGGACGAGACAGCGAGCCCAAUCUGUGCUCAUCUCUAGCCUCCAGUUUGGACAAUCUUCUACUCAAGCUGUUGAGAAGUCCUAAGCGUGAUUCCCUGUGA